AGGACAUCAUAGCUUUUCUGACAGGAUCGGGAUGACAUUUGGCCAAUGUUUUAAGUGCAGCGGACGAUUUUGUGUUUGCCCCCUCUUGCGCUAAGCGUCUGCGCCACUCGACCUCUGCCUAACGACUCGGUUAGCCCGCGCGGGAGAUGGCCGCGAUCGCCAGCUCCCUGAUCCGCCAGAAGCGUCAGGCAAGGGAGUCAAACAGCGACCGAGUCUCCACUUCCAAACGCCGCCCCAGCCCCACCAAAGACCCCCGCUCUCUUUGCGACCGGGUCUUCAGUAAAGUACGCUUCUGCAGCGGCAAGAAAAGACCUGUUCGGCGGCGACCAGAUGCGCCCUCGAAUCCUCCACAGGUGUCACGUAAGGGCGUCAGGCUAGAGCCACAGCUGAAAGGCAUUGUGACACGACUGUUCAGCCAGCAGGGCUUCUACCUGCAAAUGCAGCCCGACGGCAGCAUCGAUGGCAGCAAGGACGAGAACAGUGACCACACCUUGUUUAACCUCAUUCCAGUGGGCCUGAGAGUGGUGGCCAUCCAGGGAGUAAAGGCCGGCUUCUACAUCGGCAUGAAUGGAGAAGGCUUCCUUUAUAGCUCAGAAAUGUUUACUCCGGAGUGUAAAUUCAAGGAGUCCGUGUUCGAGAACUACUACGUCAUCUACUCGUCCACCAUGUACCGGCAGCAGGAGUCGGGCCGGGCCUGGUUCCUGGGCCUCACCAAGGAGGGCGCCGUCAUGAAGGGCAACCGGGUCAAGAAGACCAAGCCCUCCUCCCACUUCUUGCCCAGACCAAUCGAAGUUUGCAUGUACAGGGAGCCGUCUAUGCAUGAGAUUGAAGAGAACCGUCGCUCCAGGAAAAGCUCAGGGACUCCUACCAUGAACGGCGGCAAAGCGGUGAACCAGGACUCCACAUAGCAGGGCUGGAGC